AUGCCGGUAUUUCAAGCCAAGACAUUUCGGCGAGCAACAACAGCAUCCUCAACCCUCGGCGAGCGAGUCGGUGCAGCGUAUAGAUCUCGCCUCCCCAGGCAUCCAUUUCUGCUAUUUGGUUUACCUUUCAUCGCGAUCAUAGUCGCCGGGUCUUUUGCGCUGACACCAGCUGCCGCCUUAAGAUAUGAACGCUAUGAUCGCAAAGUAAAGCAACUCAGUCAGGAGGAAGCUAUCAACCUGGGUCUUAAGGGCCCGGAUGGCGAGGAAGGCAUUAAACGAAAUCCACGGCGACGAAUAAUUGGAGGUGAGCGAGAAGAAUACUAUAGACUUAUGGCCAAGGACCUCGAUGACUGGGAACAAAAGCGAGUGCAACGUUUCAAAGGUGAACCCGAUGGCAAGCUUUGA